AGCAGGGGGCGAUGACUCACCAUGACGUCACCACAACAGGAAGACGGACGCGAAGAAGCGGCUAGUGAGCUAGCCUAGCUGCAGGUUUUUAAUUUAGCGAAACAUGGCUGCUGUGCUCCCCGUUAGACCGCCCUGCGACAGCAACCCCGCCACUCCUGGAGCACAACCCAUUAAGGAAGAUGUAAUAGAAGAAGAGUCCAAUGAUGGCAGCCAGCCUCCCAAGAGGAGGAGAAUGGGUUCAGGGGACAGCUCUCGAAGCUGUGACACCUCCAGUCAAGACCUGGGCCCGACGUAUUUCCCAGCAGAGAACCUGACAGAGUAUAAGUGGCCUCCAGAUGACACAGGAGAGUAUUACAUGCUGCAGGAGCAGGUCAGCGAGUAUCUGGGAGUCACAUCCUUCAAGAGGAAGUACCCCGACAUGGAGAGAAGGGACUUGUCCCACAAAGAGAAGCUUUACUUGCGUGAACAGAACGUCAUUACUGAGACACAGUGUACUCUGGGUCUGACAGCUCUGCGGAGUGACGAGGUGAUAGAUCUGAUGAUAAAGGAGUAUCCCACCAAACACUCUGAGUAUUCUGUCAUACUGCAGGAGAGAGAGCGACAGAGAAUAGCUAAAGAGUACUCUCAAAUGCAGCAGCAGAACCCUCAGAAGGUGGAGGCCAGCAAGGUUCCUGAGUACAUUAAGAAGGCGGCGAAAAAAGCUGCAGAGUUCAACAGUAACUUCAACAGGGAGCGUAUGGAGGAGAGAAGAGCUUACUUUGACCUCCAGACACAUAUUAUCCAGGUACCGCAGGGCAGGUUCAAGGUGCUGGCUCCAGAGCUAACAAGGACAGGACCCUACCCUGUGGCUCUCAUACCAGGACAGUUCCAAGAUUACUACAAAAGGUACUCUCCAAAUGAACUGCGGUACUUGCCGUUAAACACAGCUCUGUUUGAGCCUCCGCUGGAUCCUGAGCUCCCUGCACUGGACUCAGAACCUGACUCGGAUGACGCCGAGGAUGGAAAGGAUGACAAAAAGAACAAGAACUCAUCUGACAGUUCUUCAGGCAAUACAUCAGACGUCGAGAGCCAGGAGGGAGGAGGUGGACAUGGCCACAAGUCCAAGGGCAAAGACAGGACAUCCACGCCGGGCAAAGAUCGCCAUUCUGCCUCCCACAAAGCCACCCCAGGGUACAAGCCUAAGGUCAUUCCCAAUGCUAUAUGUGGCAUUUGCCAGAAGGGUAAAGAGGCCAACAAGAAGGGCAAGCCAGAGGCACUCAUUCACUGCUCCCAAUGUGAUAACAGCGGCCACCCGUCCUGCUUGGACAUGAGCGAACAGCUGGUGUGCGUGAUCCAGACCUACCGCUGGCAGUGUAUGGAGUGUAAGACCUGCACCGUGUGCCAGCAGCCCCACCAUGAGGACGAGAUGAUGUUCUGCGACAAAUGCGACAGAGGAUACCACACGUUCUGCGUGGGCAUGGACUCCAUACCUACUGGCCUUUGGGUGUGUGAGGUUUGCGACAAAGAUUUCACCACACCCAAGAAGAAGGGAGGAGCCAAAACACCCAAGAAGUCAGCUAAAAAAUGAUUAGUGUGUAUUAAGAAGUAACGAUAAUUUCUUUGGCCAAAUUGUACACAAAUGGACAAAUUUGUUCAAUCAUUUGCAGAAGCUGUAGAAAUGUUUAAAAUGUAAAAAAACAAACGAGAGUCUAGCCCUCCUACCAAAUGCCAACAAUCCAAACACAAGAUCUUAACCUGCUGUUACUUUUUUAUUAAUUGACUAACACUAGAAAACAAACUUAUGAAUCUUUUCUGUGAAAGCUUUGAUGGGAUCAGCCCGAUAAUCUGAAUGACAAUUGGUUGAGAAACUGUAUGUGAUAUACCUCAAAUGUACGUGCUCAAAAAAAAAAAAAAA